CCCCAGCAACCACACACACGCACACACACAAACAGAGAGGAGGGGGAGGGGGAAAAGAGAGCGAGGAGAGAGAGGGAGAGAGGAGAGACUCCCCGGCUCCCUCCCUCCUUCGCACACAGCGACUGGAGACGGACGGAGAGCAACGCGCUGGGAGAGGAGCGACCACCGAGCACAGCCCCGCGCUCUCCCACAUGCACUCACACUCGGCUCUUUCCUCUCCCCCCACCUCCUCCGCCUCCUUCCGCCCCCACCACUAACACCAUCUCCUCCUCCUUCUCUCUGCAACAAGAAAAAAAAAGCCAUUUACAGGGGGUGAUGUGCAACUAAUUAAAGGCAGACUAGCAGCGUCUGCAAAUUCUAAGGCUCCCCAAAUAAAAAGAGACUGUUGUAACAGUUGGAGGAUAAUGCCAAGGAAGACGCUGCCCGGGAGCCCACCGCCUGCGGACAUGCGCCCCAGAGAGGAAUAAAGCAAUCCUCACCUUGCUCUCCCCACCCGGGCCCACCUUCCCCUCCCGCCCCGGCCCCCACCCCAACACCACCAUCACCCCCUUCCCUCCCCCCCGCCUCCCCCCCUUUCCCGCCCAAGUGUCGGACCAGGCGGUCCCCACUUCCACCCUGCACCCCUUCUUCCCCCCCUGCACCAUGAACACCAAUGUCUGCGUGGAGCCCGGGCCGAGCCCGGAGGCCCCGGGCUUGCCCAAGGAAAGCCACCUGCCCGAGGGGGCCCUGAACAGCCUUGUGGAUUACAACUCGGAGAUGGAGCGCUACCGCUCCUUUGCCACCUCCUUCUACAAGACCAACGGGGGCGCCUUUCCGCAGGCGGCCAAGAUCGCGCGCAUCACCACCCCCAUCUUCCCUAGCAGCGCCGCCGCCGCCGCGGCCGCCGCGCGCAUCGGCAUGUCCCCCUGGAACUGCGACAACGCGGCCACCGCCGCCGCCGCCACCGCCAUGCUCUGGGGCAGCGGCGGCGGCGGGAGCGGCGGCGGGGGCGGUGGCGGCGGGGGCAGCGGCGGGGGCGGCGGGGGUGGCAGGAAAUCCUCCGCCGCCGCCGCCUCCUCCUCCACCUCCUCGGCGAUCCUCCCCGCGGGCGGCGGCGGCGGCGGCGGCGGCGGCAGGACCAGCAUGCACCACCGAAACGACUCCCAGAGGCUGGGGAAAGCUGGCUGCCCGCCAGAGCCGUCGUUGCAAAUGGCAAAUACUAAUUUCCUCUCCACCUUAUCCCCCGAACACUGCAGACCUUUGGCGGGGGAAUGCAUGAACAAGCUCAAAUGCGGCGCUGCUGAAGCAGAGAUAAUGAAUCUCCCCGAGCGCGUGGGGACUUUUUCCGCUAUCCCAGCUUUAGGGGGCAUCUCAUUACCUCCAGGGGUCAUCGUCAUGACAGCCCUUCACUCCCCCGCAGCAGCCUCAGCAGCCGUCACAGACAGUGCGUUUCAAAUUGCCAAUCUGGCAGACUGCCCGCAGAAUCAUUCCUCCUCCUCCUCGUCCUCCUCGGGGGGCGCUGGCGGAGCCAACCCGGCCAAGAAGAAGAGGAAAAGGUGUGGGGUCUGCGUGCCCUGCAAGAGGCUCAUCAACUGUGGCGUCUGCAGCAGUUGCAGGAACCGCAAAACGGGACACCAGAUCUGCAAAUUUAGAAAAUGUGAAGAGCUAAAGAAAAAACCUGGCACUUCGCUAGAGGUCAGAGGAGAUGAUUUCUUGUUUCCCAGCCUACCCCCCUCCCUCUUCACUCCCCUUUCCUCUCCCCUUCAGGGCUUCUUGUCUGGCUUGAAGAUGCAGUAGCCCUUUCCUGAAGCUUCAUUCAGGUUGUGAGAUUCAGUUGUAAGUCGUUUGCAAAGGGCAUGGCCUCUUCACCACCCUCCCCAGCUGCACUUCGCGUGGAACUGCCCUCCUGAUGGGGAGGGCACCCCUCCUUUUUUAUCUCUAGGGAAAACUAAUGUAAUUGAUUUGAAAAAAAUCAUAAUUUUCACAUUUGGUAUGGUCAAAAUUUUCUCUUGGUCAUUAAAAUCGUCCCCUCCUCUCCCCUCCCCCCCCGUUAUUAUUUUUUAAAGCAUCUCUGCCCAAAGGAUUGGACACAUCAUAUUCCAUAUACUUUUCUGGCUAACAGAAGCUUGUUAGUGGCCCGAUGAGGACACAGUUUGUGGCGCACAAGCCUAUGUUCCCAUUAACCCCUCCCCCCGCCACACACACACACAGAAUAAUCAUUGAGGCUGAAAUAUAUGGAUUCAAAAGAUUUUUUAACCUCCUUCUAGGAUAGUUUUUCUCCUCACCAUGACGAAAUGUUUGUUUCCCAUUUUAUUUUUUGCAUAUCUGUGUGGGUUUUUUUUUUUUGAGAGAGAGAGCAGAAAUAGUAUAGAAAGAUGAACACCACCUGCAAUUUUAAAGAUCUGACUUAGUAUGAAAGGAUUCAAUUCAAGUUCACUUCAGGAAGGUGACAGUAAUUUUAUUUAAGAAUUGCUUUACAUAGUUUCAGAAACUAAUGCUUUCUGAAACUCAGUUACCAAAAAAUGUUUCCUUUGGGCUGUGCAUUUGACAAAGUAACCAUUUUGUGGUCACAGAAUUGUUCUAUACACUAAACACAGUUCUGGUGAUACCCAGAUAGUGACUAAUCGUUCCUUUUUUUUCUAUAUGGUCUUACAGCAGACACUGUACAGAUUAUCACUACAGGAAUUGUUAUAUUAGGCUUUAGUUAUGUUAAAUCCAAAGACCGGUGUGUUUGGUGGAAAUUUCAUACAAUAACCUGAUCAAAACAAAAAGGAAAAAACUGGAAAAUCACAGAUAAAUGAUUUUGGUGGUAUAUUUUUGCACAGAAAUAUGGACAAGUAAUCAUAUUUAGUCCCUUGAUCAAAUUUAAAGAGUAGAUAGCUAGAAGUUCAUAUAUCCAUGAGAACAUAGGUGGGGGAUUUAUCAUUUGGGAAUAUUCUAUGGCUGGAUUGUGGGGUGAGGAUAGCUUCUACAAGUUAUCAUCAGAGGGGCACCUGCACAUUCUCUUAAAAAAUUGUGAUCACUACUUGAAGGAGUUUUUGCCAUUUAGACUGGUCUUUAAAGAAUAAAAGAGACCAACCAGUUAAAGAUCUUUGUUGCACGUUUGAGCACAAAUAAGAUACAGAUUUUUCAAAAGUUUCAUUAAUAUAAAUUAAAGCAAAUAGCACUUUGGAAUUCCAAAAAAAUCCCAGUAUUAAUAUUGAUACCAUUACUGAUUGUGAUCAGUUCCAUCAAAAUAUUGCAUUUAUUCCUCUAUAAGAGAACCCAUGUCUUUACUGAAAGUUUGACUUUCCUCUAGGGUGGUUUAUUACAUUUCCUUUGGCAGUUCUGCUUAAGCAAAGAAAAUAGAAAUUAUAAAAACGCAGAUCCAUGUAUUUUCUUAGGUGGCAAAAAUUUGUUCUUAGCUUUUGCAUUUUCUUCUCUGAAUUAGUUUAUCAUAACUUCUCUAAGUCUCUAAGACCCAAUGGGAAAUUAAAAUUCAGUUCAUGCUGAAAUUUCCUAUUAAUACUCAAUCGAUACUGACCAAAGGCGUUUAUUUUUCAUCUUGAACUACAGUAUCUAGAAUUAUAGAUUUGGUAUUCCUAGUAGGCCUUGUCUUUAGCGAGACCCAUGGCACUGCCUGCACCCUAAUUUAGGGCAUGUGGUGGAUAGGACCACUGAACAAUUCUGAUGAAUUUAGUAAGUAACCACUGUGAAGGAGCUUUUUGUGAAUACCAAUAGGUUUUCUGCACAAGUUUCUAUGCUGACUUAUCAGUGUAAACAAGCUUCACAAAUUUCCUUUUCUCUUCCUUUUGAUAGUUUUCCACACACUUGGGAUGUUUAAAUUCUUUAAGCAUUUUGAUCACAAAUGAUCCUAUAGUAUCAACUUUUCUUCUUUUUUUAAAAUCUGUGUGUGCAGAAGUUCUGUUGAUCUUCAGAAGGUGGUGUGUGGAUGGAAGGGGAAACAAAUUUCUCUUUCUAGCACUCUCUGAACAUGUUUUCCUUAACUACAUACCCCUUCCUACCAGAGAAUAGACCAUGGUUCAAGGCUAAGAUUAUUAGUGGAAUGAUAUUUUGCAGAAAGAAAGAAGUUUUGUGUUUGUUUGUUUGUUUGUUUUUCGUUAAGAUUCUAUCUAGGUCAUUUAAAAAAGGCAGUGGCUAUAUAAUUGCCUUAAGCUCAUGUGUGACCACAAAUAUGGCUGUAGGAAACCAGUGGGAUGCAUAUCAGAGAGACAGGGUCUACGUGACUGAACCAAAUGGGAACAGUGGUUGUGGGGCAGUAGAAAGUCGCCCUGUUGACUUGCUUCCCUCUGUAAUUUGGUUCCUGUAAAUUAUCAUCAUUUGUAGAGAUGUUUUAGAGAUUGGAUAGACUCUCUAGCUGAGGAUUGUGAGUUGGAGAUUCAUUAUGAUAUACCUGUGGAUUUCAGAUGUAAGGAGUUUGGUAGUUAAUAUUUAUUGACUUUUAAUUAUGGACACCCAUUAACAUCUGGAUCAUAAUCAUUACUUCUUAUUUAUCAUUUCAUACCUCAUGUGCUCUUCUUCUCUUUGACUUACUGUCAUCCCAGACGCUGGAGGCAUGAUCAGAUUUUCAGGAUGAGUAAACUGAAGUAAGACAGAUUCACAUAGAUGUGUUGGAAUUCUUGCUCACAUUUUCUAAAGCUUCCCCUCUAUAUUCCUUUUAAAACUGCCCCAUUUUCCUGCUUAGUCUCAUGUUAACAGCAUCUUAAUGCCUUAGAAAUGUGUUUAAAGAAUCACCUCCCUUGAUAAUAUUCCAUAUGACAAAGCAAAUUUCAUUUUUCUAUAUUAUGUUUGUAUAUUUGCCUGUAACACUAUUCAUUAUUCAUUACUGUAUUAAAACAUCACUAAUUACUCAAGGUAGUUAUUAGAAAUGCUGUAGGCCCCUUGUGCGACAAAAUAUAUCUUAAAAUUUGUAUCCUAAAUGGUCAAUAUUAAGUUCCUAGAUAUUUCAAGAAACAUGAAUUUUGUAUUAAGUUACAUAGAAGCAUGUUGUCUCAUACAAAGUUAAUCCUUUGGUUUUUAUAUUCACAGCAGUUUCAUUUGUAAUACUGAGAUCUAACUUUUUAAAUAGCCCAACCUGAUAUGGCUCAAGGGAUACAAUUGUCCCAUGGGCAACCCCAGCCUCUUAGUCCCUGAACAUUGUUCAGGUGACAUGAUUGAUCUCUGUGGGACAGCAUUAGAGACCACACAGAUCUGGUUUCUCUCCCAUUAGCUGAUUUAUGGAAUUACAUUAGUAAGCAGCGCCUCAAGAGAUUUCCCUUCCCCCACUCUUGCUCUGGGCUGUGAGUUCCACACUGCCACCGCCCAGGCUGUCCAGGAGCUGGAGGAGCAACUUGCAAGGGGCACCUUAUAGUGAAGAGACUGAGAACUGGAAGUCAGGAAAGAAAAUGGGCAAUUCCAUUCUCUUUCUUUUCUUUUCUCUUUUUAAAAUGUACCUGCUGAGGGUACAGGCCAACAGUAAUUUUCCACAAGUUAGUUUGAGCUCCUAAGGAGUAUGAUGAAUAUCCAGAUAUUGCCCCAAACAUGAUAACUUGUUUUAGAAGAGUAGAAGAGUGUUUUCAUAUCUAUGCUGUUAAGUUCUAAAUGCUCCAACUACACAAAUGGCAACCGCAAAAUCCUGGACAGAGCAUUGUCUACAGUUUGUGCAGGAAGAUGGAUACCUGCUUCCCAAAGAAAUUCAUUUGUGGACCAUACAUAAAAUAGGUGUGCCACUCAAACUCAGUCUGUAUAGUUAAAUAAUGAAACCAGUCAAUAAUUGAACAUGUCAUAAGUGUUCAAAGUUUGGUGACUUUAACAUAUUUUUUAGGUAAAAUACAAAUGUUUCAUGUGUUAAGUUGAAACAUCUACCAGUUUGUCAUUUUACAUCAUAAUUUAAAAAUGAGUUUUCAAUUCUCAGUUUCAAGAAUAAGAAACACACCAUUAUAGAAAGGUAAAAAAAAUUUUUUUUUUUGGGCAAAAAUUUUUUUAACUUCAGAAUGCAAAUAUUUAACUAUCAAAGAGGAAGAAGAAACUUCAAUAAAUUCAAACAAAGUGAUGGUAUAUUUAAACUAAAAUGUAAUAUAGAAAUAAUAAUGUAGGAAAAAGAUCCGGAGUCUCAUAAGUGAUAAGAAAAAAGUUCAGAAAAGGUCAACUUUGACUAGUCACAAAAUAAAUUUGUAGCCAGAGCAUGAAGCUGUAAUACAAGUUUGGUGAGAUUCUCUUUCCAUCACUACAUUUAAUACAAGGUAGUAAAAGCUGUUUUUGAAAGAAUCAUGUGUUUUUAACAAUUCCUAUAUGAAAAUAAUACCCCAUCCAUCCCAAUAUCAUGUGAAUUCUAAGCAGUCUUUUGGAUGGCAGUUAGGAAUAAGUACAAUUAAAUCCAUUUGUAAAUUAUCCUAUAAGAAAGUUUAUUUGAAAUUUAAACAUCAUCAAACAAAAUGCAAUCAAAAAGCUUAACAGAACAAAUAACAACAACUAUAAUCUUUAGGCUUUAAAGGAUAAAAAUAUUUGGAUACCUUCAAGAAAAAUGGAAAGUGUAUCUAGUGAUACAGGAAAUAAAAGUUACUUCAUUUUAAACUUUUUAAUGAAUUGAUUACUGAAGUAUUACUGCUUAUUUUGGUUAGUCUUAGCUAACUGUUUUCCUGCGUGAACAGUUAAGAGUUUUGCAUAGUCAGAGCUACAGAUUGAUAAAUACAGAACAAUUUAAUCAAAUGGUCUGUAAGAGUAAACAUUGAAGAGUGUGCAAAGAAGGAGAGCAGUUCAUCCAUAUUUGCUCUAGUUUAUCAGGUUAGAGACUAAAGAUCUCUAACCUGUUAGGUUGGGGUGACCCUAGAAACACUAGUAGAAUAUUCUUUCUGGAUACAGAAGUAAAACAUAAAACUAUUUGAAUGUUCCUCAGGAAUAGGAUGAAGUGUGUUUUAAAAAAUUCUUCUGAAGUAGUUGGUGCUUUUAGAACUUACUGAUUAACUUCAGUUGGUCAGAUUGUCUGAAUAGAUAGUUCAUUUGUGCCCAAAAAUUCACGUUUUAAUUUUGCUUUGAAAAAGCAUAACAAAAUGUCCUACUAUCCAAUAAAUUUCACGAGUGGAUAAGCUUCCAUUUCUUACAUUUGUUUUCUUUCACACUAUGUAAAACAUAAAACAUAAACAUGUAUUCAUCAUAAAAAAAAUCUAAUUAAAUUACUAGACUAAGUUCAAGAUUUAUUGUAAGUCCCAUGUAAAUAUACAAAUUGGAGAAAGGACUACUGCUCUUUUAGUUUUUCUCUUAUUUAUAGAUUAGUUUUUAAAAAGCAAAAAUGAAUGCAAAAUAAUGGUAACAUCUUUCAUUUUUAUAAGUGUGAUUUUCAGUCACUGAUUAGAAUGUAAGAUGAUCUUGGCUGGGGAAGUAGAGCACUCUAGGAAAUACCAUUUUUUACUAAAACUUGUUUUCAAGGAAGUAUUUUUUGUUAUUUGUAUAAAUUUUGGAUAUUUGGCACAUGCAUCAUUUUGUUCCUUCACUCGUGCUGAAGUAUUUCUGCUCAUUCUUAACAUAGUUUUCCAUGUAGUGUUAUGUUGUUAUCCCUAUGGGUUUCAAAAUAUUGGGGGAGGGGCACACAGGUGGCCUCAUCCUUCAUCAUAUCUUGUUCUAUCACAUGCAAACACCUGUCCUGAAAUUGAAUUAUUCUGCAGGGUAAUCAAAAAGCCUCCCUCUAUUCAGUAUCAUAUGUUUUCUGUUGUUUAUUGAGUUAUGUUGCACCAUACUUCAGAUGCGACAGCCAUUUAAUAAUGUUGAAGACUUAGCUCUGCAGGGACUAAAAGGAUCCCAGCAGGCUUGUUAACUUAUACUCUAAAACAUUGUGAGAAAUAUUUUUUCCUCUGUGAAACUUCGGGGCUUUCUCUUAAUUUAUUUUAAGAGCCUAAGAAUCCACAGCUAGGUAUGAGAGUGAGCCUGUUACAUUUUUGUUCCAUGUUUCUAUUUCUUAAUAUUUAACCCAUCUAUUUCAUGUAGCAUUUCUUACUCAAAAGAAAGUGACAAAGAAAACAAUUAAAUUUUCAAGAAUUAAUAGUAAGGAUGCUUUUUGUUGACAGGAAACCAAAUACAAAUGAUAUUCAGGGAAUAUACUACUAGUUUUUUGACUUUUCAUUUCUUUUACAAUUAAUUAUAUUUGGGUCAUGUGGCCACAAUUAGAGGAUCAUUUAUGGGAAGAGCCACUGGUAUGGAAUAACUUACCAGUUGAACUAUAUUAGUUCCAUCAGCAUAACUUCUCUGAACUUUAUUUCCUCACCUCUAAAAUGGGGGCUCAGCCUACCUUAUAACUUUUUAAUAUUGUACGUAGGUUAAUGUUCUUUGCAUAUUGAAAUAUGCUAUGCAAUUUCUUGUUCCUGUCUUAGUCAUCAGUAAAAAGUAGAGAAGACAAUUAUAUUUACAGAUAAUUCAAUUCACUAACAAGUUACUUACAGUUUUUAGAAAUUAAAGCUCAGGUAGACAAUUCUGUGGCUUGUGUUUUCUGAAUAUUUGAUGUAAUCAUCCAGUUCACCGAGGAUCUGGCUUGAUUUCACUUGGAAAGAGAUAAACCUGAUAAACAAGUUUUCCUCUUCUUGUGCCUGUGUUGUCAAACACCCAUUAAACCACACAGUACCUAGUGAAGUCAGUCAGUGUGACCAGCCAACUCCAGUAACUGAAGCUUCUUCCUCCUUCCCCACCAAAGGCACACCACCCCCAUUAUGAUCUGUAUUUUUUAAUAGAGUGUGUGUGUGUGUGUGUGUGUGUGUGUGUGUGUGUGUGUGUGUGUGUGUGUGUGUGUAUUUCACUUUAACUCAAUAACUUCAUCUGACUGCUCUUGUCUUUAUUUGGACAGAUACAGGGAGUUAUUCUAAAUGUGAAUUAGUUUAAGAAAAUCUUGUAAGAAAGACAUGAUUAAAUGCUUGUCAUGAAUUCUAGUUGGAAAACAUCUAACAAAUACUGGAAAACUAGUUACUUUUGUUUUGGAAGAGUGUGUGUGUGUGAAAUAAAACUGGCAGAUAUUUAUUUUGGAUAAAAACUGAAGUGACUAUGAGGAGCUUUCUUUUUUCUUUUUAAAAAGAAGAGCAUAUUGAUGAAAUGAAGAAGGGUAGUGAGCAAUAAUAGAAAAUGCUGAUGCUUUUUUCUGGGAGAAGAUAGUGAUAGGCCUGAAAAGACUGGGAAUACUAAUCAAGAAAGCAUUAAAGGGCAAAAGAAUAUUCAAGCCAGGAUGUACUACACUGUCUACAAGGGACUUUGUCAAGACAGGAUAUGCACGUCUGCUUUGCUUCAGCAGUUAUAGAAGUUUUCCAGAGAAUGGAGACUCUAAAAAGUAGGAAGAAAAUAUUUUCAUGCCUUGACUCCAUACAUCUGAUUUAGGAGUUGGAGCUGAUGACCAGGUUCAGUGGAGUGGCAGCCGAGUUAGAGACAAGGAAAAACAGAUUGUGUCAUAAUCUGAUGUUAUGAUUUUUACUUAUGCCUUUGAAACAUUUGGUAGAAUAAUUCCAAAGUGUAACUAAAAGAGAAUACUUCCAAAAUGGGUAGAAAAAUGGGAUCCUAUUUGAGUCUAAUCUGCAUCUAAAUUCAUAUAUGAAAGGACAUUUUUGAGAAGGUGAAGAAAAGUAUCAGACAAUGGGGAAAACUGUGCUGAAAGUACUGUUUCUUGCUCAAGGACUUAAAAAUUUAAAAAAAAAAACCCUGGAGGAUUGAUAGUAUCAAAAGGUAGAGAUCAAGGAGGGUGAGAAGAGAAAGGGAUAUAUGUUUAUAGAUCAGGAAGAGUCAUGGGCAUUUCUGUGUAUGUCAGCAAAUCUGGCAAAUUCUGGAGAAGAUCUAUUUUCUCCAAAACUUCACAGAGUGAAAAGAGAUGAAAUAAAAUUUUAAAAGAAUUAUAGGCUAUGCACAUUUAAUUUUAUGGAAAUGAUGAUUAUGAGUGUGGGUGAAUCAGUGGUGGAACAGUAAGUGUGCUGCAAAAUGAUGACUCGAUGAGAAAUAAUGUUGUUUAUAGAUUAAAUGAGAUCAGUGAUGGUUUUAAUGGAGUUAAGAAUAAGGAAGAGAGAUAAGAUUCUCAGUUAUAGGCAGAUGGAUGGGAAGUGAGAUAUGGAAUCUUCUAGGAAACAUUAAAUACUUUGUUUGCUUUCUCAUCCAUGAGAAACGAAAUAGAGAGCACUGGUCUUUACCAUCCCACAGGAAAUAGAUACUGAAUCUAAUAUGUAAGCCUGCUAUGUAGAGUUCAGUUCAUUAGGAAGUGGAGUGCUUUUUGGAUUUUCCUCCUGUGAUCUCUUUGCAUGACUAUGGUAUAUGGCAUGCAGCUGCAUCUUUCAAACUGCAGAUGACACUAUAUUAGUGGCUCGUGAAACCAGUGUGUUGACUUACCACCAAGACUUUUAGAAAAUAGACUAGAAUAGAGUGGAACAGAAAAUAUAUGAGUGCACUGCAGGUAGUGAAUAUACAUAUUAAACUUUUGUUUCAGUUACUUUUGUAAAGUAAAUGUAUGUAUAUGCAUGAACUAGGCUGCUGUGUAAAAUGCAUUUCUGACUGUUGGUUGUAAUCAAAAAAGUUUGAAAAACACGAGUGACAGCAACAAUAUUGAGCAAGUCUGUAGUGAGGAAAAAUAUUAUAUUUGUAAAUGGAACAAUGUUAACAAGAUAAAGAGUAAAAUUUAAAUGUGUAUUUAUAAAUAGUGUAUCUUUACUUCUCCAAGACAGAUCUGUAACUAUGCUGUAUAUUCAUGAAUACAUGGUAUGUUACUAAGCACAUA